UGCGGAAGCCCGACCAAUCACAGCUUCUCGCACAGCCGACAGUUCCGUCCGCAAGUCCUUCCGGGGUGGAGGUCAUCAUGGCGGCCGCCUUGGCUCGGCUUGGGCUCCGAUCUGUCAAGCAGGUUCGGGUUCAGUUCUGCCCCUUCGAGAAGAAUGUGGAAUCGACAAGAACUUUCCUCCAGGCGGUGAGCAGCGAGAAGGUCCGCUCCACCAAUCUCAACUGCUCAGUGAUUGCGGACGUGAGGCACGACGGUUCCGAGCCCUGCGUGGAUGUGCUGUUCGGAGACGGGCAUCGCCUGAUAAUGCGCGGUGCCCACCUCACCGCUCUGGAAAUGCUCACUGCCUUCACCUCCCACAUCAAGGCCAGGGACGGAGCGAGCAGCGGGGACAAGCCAGGCGCUGCUACUCGGCGCUGACGGCACCAAAGAGACCAAGAAGCUGACUUUAGCCAGGACUACGACACGUAGCUAAGAAGGAAGAGCUUGAUUUAAUCCAUUCAGAUCACUAUCUGGAGGGUCACGUUGCGGGGCGGUGUCGAGGAGAAAGGGAAAAGCUCUGCGGCUACAAUAUUUGCUUCUGGGGCAAGACAAGAUGGGGAGGUGGUGUCUGGACAGACUUGAAUUUAUUUUGCUUUCUUACUAUCACUCACUGCUUAACGCUUCUGAAUUUGGCUUAUGCCACCACUCACUCAAGUUAUCACUUAUUUACCAAAUCCGGUGCAAAAGAACACUGACAAACAGCAUGCUGUUUCUCAGACCUCAUCUUUGUAUCUAGUAGCAUCUGCCACUCUUAAAUCAUCCUCUCUUUCCUUCUUGGGUCCUUUUGCUUUUCUUAACCAUAUAGGAGUAUUACCUUCAUCCUUUUUCUUCUGUUUUUUUCUGGGGUAUCUCAUUUUCAUGAACCACCCUCUCUGAGGUUAAACCUGUUUUUGUUUAGUUCUAGUCCCAACUACUGUGCUAUAGUCAGGUGAUCUACGACCAAUUUUCUCCAAAUCCCACCAACCCCUUUGUCUAAAAUAGAACUGAUAAUCUUAUACAUAUGCUUGCCUCUUCUCCCUGACUUCCCCAUUCCUUUUAAAGGCACUUCAUCUGCCCACCUACAGGGGCUAGAAACACGGUGUUGUCCUUGGUUCUGCCCUCUCCCUUUCUCUGCAUAUCUGGUCAAUCAGUUCAGAAUAUUAUACCUUUUUUAAAAGCUCCUGAAAUGCUCUCCACUCCCAUCCACUCUGCUCUAUUAUAACUGCAUUCUUCCACCUGUUUUUUUUCUAAUCAUUUUUGCUGCUGUCUAAUCUUAUCCUUCCAAAGCACAUAAUUGGUUUUAUCUCUCACUACUACCUGUUUCAGAAAACAGUACCUAAAGUGUUUUUCAUAGUUGGUAAACACCCAUUAGUGUGGAUCAUGAAAUCGAUUUAGAUGUUUAAAUCAGUCUUUUUUAAAAAAGUAGAAUAAAAAUUAUCAGAAUGCACACCACAUAGAAUGGGAAGUAUUAUUUUAGAAAACUUUAGUUUUAAACAUAUAAUCAUGUAUAUAUAUAUAUUACAUGAGAAAGAAUGUGUGUGUAUCUGUACAUACUGGGUUGGAAUUUAGGAUUAUUUCUUACUAUAGGUUGUAGGAAACAAUGGUUGAAAGCCCCUGCUUUAGAGAACUUCAGAAUGCUCAGCUUAGGCAAUCAAAGAUGUCUAGACAGUGGCUGCUGUGUACUUUUCCAAAUAUAUUUCCUGUGACUUUCCUACAGCAUAAUUAUACCUUUUUCCUGCCUAAGGGGAUGUUGUCUUCAAAUAACUAUUUUCCCUUUCCCCCUUUAUAUAAGAAAACUUCCAGAAGGCAGUACAGUGCAGUAAAAAGACACACUGCCUGGUGUUGAAAUCCCAGUUCUGCCCUUAAAUAGCUUUGGAUAGUGACCUUGAACAGAUUAUCUAAUCUAUCAGUGCCUGUUUCCUCGUUUGUAAAACAGAUGGUAGUGCCUUCCUCAUAAGACUGUUGAGAGGAUUAAAUAAGCAUUGCUGGGAGCAUAGUAAGUGCUAUUAUCAAAGAGCCCUUAUUGUAAAGUUGAAAAAACACUGACAGCCUGCAUUUGAGUUCCCAGCUCCAUGAUUAACUAGCUGUUUCUACAUCUGUGAAGAUGGGGUUGGUUCAGCAUGGAUUGAGUGCUGGCAUUGUGCUUCUAGAUUGUGAACUUAAGGUUGGAGAUGUUUUCUGUGUCCCCAGCACCUUGCAUGACGUGAUGGAGUGUGCAGUAAACAUUUGUUGAAUUUA